UGUGAUGAGUGCCAAGCUAGAAGUGUUGGUCUAGUUCGCUAUCCUACUACACUAGCUCCAGCCAGUGGAUCAGUGACUGUCGCUACACAGUGUGCUGACAAUGCACACGUCAGAACUGGCUUUAGUCUGAAUGUCAGGUGUAGCUCUAGUGGUGGCUGGUCUGGUACAACUCCUCAGUGUGAAUGUGAUACUGGAUAUCGUGCAGUCACUCUUAGUGGGAGGCAGAUUUGUCAAAGUGUUAAUACAUGCCCAGCUAGAAGUUUUGGUCUAGUUGACUAUCCUACUACACUAGCUCCAGUCAGUGGAUCAGUGACUGUCGCUACACAGUGUGCUGACAAUGCUCACGUCAGAACUGGCUUUAGUCUGAAUGUCAGGUGUAGCUCUAGUGGUAGCUGGACUGGUACAACUCCUCAGUGUGAAUGUGAUACUGGAUAUCGUGCAGUCACUGUUAGUGGGAGGAAGAUUUGUCAAACCGAUGAAACCACGUGUCCCCCAACAACAGAUCCACCGUCAAUAGGAGCUGUGAAUGAGACUAAGGUGUUGGGUUGUGGGCUCAUAUCUUGGAAGCCUCCACCAGGCAAUGAGGGAGUAAAACUGAGUUACGUUGUCAGGUUCUUUGACGGAAGCACAUACGAUACUAGUAGUGGCUACAAAAGAAUACAGCGCAACAGUGAGAUAGGGAGACAGUGGACAAGAGUGAAUGAUAUUCCUGAUGGUAGAACUGUGUAUGCUGAUAUCCGUGCAAGAAACACAAGUGGCAAUGUUGGUGUUUUUUCUCAAAAAUUUGUUGUUGCCAAUUCAACUCUAUGUGCUGAUGACUGUCCUCCCCCUGUACUAUGUCCUGAUUGUGAUGAGUGCCAGGCAAGAAAUGCUGGUCUAGUUCAUUAUCCUACUACACUAGCUCCAGCCAGUGGAUCAUUGACUGUCACUACACAAUGUGCUGACAAUGCUCACGUCAGAACUGGCUUUAGUCUGAAUGUCAUGUGUAGCUCUAGUGGUAGCUGGACUGGUACAACUCCUCAGUGUGAAUGUGAUACUGGAUAUCGUGCAGUCACUGUUAGUGGGAGGCAGAUUUGUCAAACUGAAGAAACCACAUGUCCUCCAACAACAGGCGUUACAUGCGCUGUUAGAACUGUUGGUCUAGUUCGCUAUCCUACUACACUAGCUCCAGCCAGUGGAUCAGUGACUGUCUCUACACAGUGUGCUGACAAUGCACACGUCAGAACUGGCUUUAGUCUGAAUGUCAGGUGUAGCUCUAGUGGUGGCUGGACUGGUACAACUCCUCAGUGUGAAUGUGAUACUGGAUAUCGUGCAGUCACUGUUAGUGGGAGGCAGAUUUGUCAAACUGAAGAAACCACAUGUCCUCCAACUACAGGUGUUACAUGCGCUGUUAGAACUGUUGGUCUAGUCGCUAUCCUACUACACUAGCUCCAGCCAGUGGAUCAGUGACUGUCGCUACACAGUGUGCUGACAAUGCACACGUCAGAACUGGCUUUAGUCUGAAUGUCAGGUGUAGCUCUAGUGGUGGCUGGUCUGGUACAACUCCUCAGUGUGAAUGUGAUACUGGAUAUCGUGCAGUCACUCUUAGUGGGAGGCAGAUUUGUCAAAGUGUUAAUACAUGCCCAGCUAGAAGUGUUGGUCUAGUUGACUAUCCUACUACACUAGCUCCAGUCAGUGGAUCAGUGACUGUCGCUACACAGUGUGCUGACAAUGCUCACGUCAGAACUGGCUUUAGUCUGAAUGUCAGGUGUAGCUCUAGUGGUGGCUGGACUGGUACAACUCCUCAGUGUGAAUGUGAUACUGGAUAUCGUGCAGUCACUGUUAGUGGGAGGAAGAUUUGUCAAACCGAUGAAACCACGUGUCCCCCAACAACAGAUCCACCGUCAAUAGGAGCUGUGAAUGAGACUAAGGUGUUGGGUUGUGGGCUCAUAUCUUGGAAGCCUCCACCAGGCAAUGAGGGAGUAAAACUGAGUUACGUUGUCAGGUUCUUUGACGGAAGCACAUACGAAACUAGUACUAGUGGCUACAAAAGAAUACAGCGCAACAGUGAGAUAGGGAGACAGUGGACAAGAGUUAAUGAUAUUCCUGAUGGUAGAACUGUGUAUGCUGAUAUCCGUGCAAGAAACACAAGUGGCAAUGUUGGUCUUUUUCUCAAAAAUUUGUUGUUGCCAAUUCAACUCUAUGUGCUGAUGGUUGUCCUCCCCCUUGUCUUGAUUAUGAUGAGUGCCAAGCAAGAAGUGAUGGUCUAGUUCGCUAUCCUACUACACCAGCUCCAGCCAGUGGAUCAGUGACUGUCACUACACAGUGUGCUGACAAUGCUCACGUCAGAACUGGCUCUAGUCUGAGUGUCAGGUGUAGCUCUAGUGGUAGCUGGACUGGUACAACUCCUCAGUGUGAAUGUGAUACUGGAUAUGAGGAAGAUGACGACAAGUGCAAAGCCAAAGAAUGUCCUCCUGACAUUUACAACAUUACUGACAUACCAAGGCAAGGUCUGUUGCAUAUCAGUUCACUUAUGAAAAUGAGAUACUUUUCAGCAUUAUUACGAAGUGUGAAGUUUGUGGUUGGAAAAUCUUAUAUGAGUACAAUUACAUUGUUGUUGAUUAAGACCUUCCUAACUUGUUUAUCUUUAGAUUUAGAUCUGAAGAUAGUAUAUGGAUAUGUCCAUCUCUCGUGGGACACGGUAGCUCUUGAAACUACACUAGUUUUCUACGAGGAGAGCAAAAACAAGCCAGCAGUGCACACCUAUAAAACUACGGAUGACUACUACCAUCUUCAGAUCAAUACAGACAAGUGGUUGGUGGAUAUAAAUGACGAGACAAUGAUUAUCGUGCAGAUUAAUAAUCAGGCGAGAGAGCGAAGAGAAACAGAAAACGACACUUCCACCACAUUUGAAUUCACCAAGAAAGAAAUCAGAGAGAAGCUCGAUACAUUCUCAGAGUGCGUAACACAAAAAAGACAAUCAGAAAUUCCCGACACUGAAUCCGUCGUCGAUGGAACGUCCCUCGCCAUAGCUAUCUUGCUGACCUUUGCACUGACGGCAGCCGCAGUGGUUUUUCUCUCCAUCUCGCUCGGUCUCAUCCUUCGCAAACGAUCCGAGAUGAAGAGAGAAAAGUCGUCAAAAACUGCCGACGGAGACAUUUCCUUGAAUGAUUACGAUGAACAGAAGACUAGUAGCUAUUAAUUUGGUCCCUUUCAUCACAAACAACUUUUGCACAUACGUAGUUGUUCUUGCAUAACCUGGCUUAUGAAGCCAUUUAAUUUGUAACGCCUCCAUUAUUAUACUUUUCGUAAUCGAUUCAGGUGUGUUUUUCAGGUAUUGCCAU